AAAAAUCUAGAAGCUCUGGAGAUUUCUUCUUCACCACCAUAUAUAGAUUCAUCAGAAUCAUCAGCUUUCAUCAAAAAAUCGAAAUCGAAUUCGUCGGAAAAUUGUUCAAAUUUCGAAAUCAACCGAGAAAAUGUCGCUAAUUCCAAGCUUAUUCGGCAGCAACAGACGAAUCAACAACAACAUCUUCGAUCCAUUCUCACUCCACGUUUGGGAUCAUCCAUUCAAGGAUCUUCAAUUCCCGUCGUCGUCUUCGUCGGCGAUAGCGAACGCACGUGUGGAUUGGAAAGAGACGGAGGAGGCGCACGUGUUCAAGGCGGAUUUACCAGGGAUGAAGAAAGAAGAGGUUAAAGUGGAGAUAGAGGAUGAUAGCGUGCUUAAGAUCAGCGGAGAGAGACACGUUGAGAAAGAGGAGAAGCAUGACACGUGGCAUCGUGUAGAGAGAUCGAGUGGGGGUUUCUCGAGGAAGUUUAGGUUACCGGAGAAUGUGAAGAUGGAUCAAGUUAAGGCUUCUAUGGAGAAUGGAGUUUUGACUGUGACUGUUCCUAAGGUUGAGACUAAGAAGAAAGCUCAAGUUAAGUCUAUUGACAUCUCUGGUUAAGCCAAUUUACCUUGAAUUGAGUUCUCUGGGUAUUGACUUUGUGUGUGUGUGUGUGUCUCUGAUGAAUAUGGUUCUUCGAUUGAAUGUUGUUCUAAACUAAUAUUCAAUGGAAGCUAAUAACUUGUGUGAUCAGUAGAUGUAUGGUGGAAAAAUGUGUUUUUGGAUUAUAAUAGAAGUGUACCUAUUUU